CGGAAGUUUGCAUGCGUCGCAGGUCGAACUUCGAAGAUCUCGCGUGACUUCACUCGGUAUAUAAUAGUUAAGGGUCUGCAGUCACUUCCUUCUUCCUAUCUAACCAAUCACCAAAUGGCGGACGACGCCGGUGGUAGAGGAGGUUUUCGCGGUGGCUUCGGUGGCGGAGGCCGGGGACGCGGUCGUGGCCGCGGCCGGGGUCGUGGGAGAGGCCGCGGUGCCCGAGGUGGCAAGGCCGACGACAAGGAGUGGGUUCCAGUGACCAAACUGGGUCGCCUUGUGAAGGACAUGAAAAUCAAAUCCUUGGAGGAGAUCUACCUUUACUCCCUGCCCAUCAAGGAGUCUGAGAUCAUCGACUUCUUCCUGGGGUCCUCGCUGAAGGAUGAGGUGCUGAAGAUAAUGCCCGUACAGAAGCAGACUCGGGCCGGUCAGCGAACCAGGUUCAAGGCCUUUGUUGCCAUUGGCGACUACAACGGCCACGUCGGCCUUGGAGUGAAGUGCUCUAAGGAGGUGGCCACGGCCAUCCGCGGGGCCAUCAUCCUGGCCAAGCUGUCAAUCAUCCCCGUGAGGAGGGGCUACUGGGGGAACAAGAUCGGGAAGCCGCACACAGUGCCUUGCAAGGUGACCGGCCGCUGUGGCUCCGUCCUGGUGCGCCUGAUCCCGGCUCCUCGCGGUACCGGCAUCGUGUCUGCUCCUGUCCCCAAGAAGCUGCUCAUGAUGGCGGGUAUCGACGACUGCUACACCUCUGCCAGAGGAUGCACGGCCACGCUGGGGAACUUCGCCAAGGCCACCUUUGAUGCCAUCUCCAGGACCUACAGCUACCUGACCCCAGACCUCUGGAAGGAGACUAUCUUCACAAAGUCUCCAUACCAGGAGUUCACUGACCAUCUGGCCAAGACCCACACCAGGGUGUCUGUGCAGAGGAGCCAGGCUCCUGUCCCGCCAUCCUGAAGCGUUUUGUAUUUCGGCUGAAUAAACUGUCUGGAAACUA